AUGGCGUUGGGUCCGCUGGACAGCCUGCACACGCGGAUGCGCAUCAUGCUGACGCGCCCGGCGAACGUGUUCAUCAUGCUGCUGCUGGACGCCUGCAUCUGGCUGCAGCGCACGGACGUGGUGGACUUCCGGCACCGGGUGCAGGACAUUCCGCCGCAGUUCAUCUACGACGUGUACGACUUCGUGGUGGUCGGCGGCGGCAGUGCCGGGGCCGCGGUGGCCGCCCGACUGUCGGAGGUGUGUGACUGGAACGUGCUGCUGCUGGAGGCGGGCACGGACGAGACGUUCCUCAGUGACCUCCCGUACCUGUACCCGGUGCUGCAGAAGGGUCAGCUCGACUGGCAGUUUGAGACGGAACCGAAUCCGCGGUUCUGCCAAGGGAUGCGCAACAAUCGGUGCAGUUGGCCUCGCGGCAAGGUGCUCGGCGGUUCGUCGGUCCUGAAUGCGAUGAUGUACGUGCGGGGCAAUCCGGAGGACUACGACGAGUGGGCCAGCUUCGGUAACCGGGGCUGGAGCUGGGUGGACGUGCUGCCGUACUACGUGAAGAUGGAGAACGUGCGGGACGCGAACAUUGCGGGGCGCCCCUGGCACGGCACGACCGGUCCGCUGUCGGUCGAUCUGUUCCGCAAUCGGUCCGCGCUGCUGCCGUACUUCCUGCGGGCGGCCCGGGAACUGGGCAUGACAAUGGCGGACGAAGUGAAUGGGCCCAACCAGCUGGUGUUUGCGCCACUGCACGGGACGGUGCGCGACGGGUUGCGCUGUAGCACGGCCAAGGCGUACCUGAGGCCGGUGACGAGCCGCCGGAACCUGCACAUCUCGAUGGACUCGAUGGUGGAGCGGGUGUUGAUCGACCCGGAGGAUAAGCGCGCGUACGGGGUCGAGUUCCGGAAGGGUAAGCGGCGAUUCUUUGUGAUGGUCACGAAGGAAGUGAUCCUGUCGGCCGGCGCACUGAACAGCCCACAUCUGCUGAUGCUGUCCGGUGUUGGACCCGCCGAGCAGCUCGAGAAGCACCGUAUUCGCGUGAUCCAGGACCUCCCGGGGGUCGGUCAGAACCUGCAGGAUCACGUGGCCGCGGGCGGUGGAGUGUUCCUCAUCCAGAACCCGGCCGGCAAUCAGUCUCUGUCCGUGCGGCUAAUCGACGUGACGGGCGUCAGCACGGCGCGGGAUUUUCUGUUCAACAAUCAGGGCCGUCUGGUGGCGAUGCCUUCGUGUGAGGUGAUGGGCUUCAUCAACACGAAGUACAACGCGCCCGGGAGUCGGCGCGGGGACGUCCAAAUCUUCAUGUCCGCCCAGUCGGACAUCUCGGACGGUGGCGUGGAGAGUGCGGCCGGCUCGGGCAUCACGUACGACUACUACGCGAAGAACUUCGAGUCCUGGGUGUACCACGAUUCGUUCCUCAUCAUGCCGCUUCUGAUGCGCCCGGUGAGCCGUGGGUGGCUCGAGUUGGCCAGCGCCGACCCGGAACAGCACAUCAAGAUCUACCCGAACUACUUCGCGGUCGAGCGCGACCUGGACAUACUGGUGAGUGGA